CGUGUGUGCGCGCGCGCACGUACCGUACGAUGUUAUUAUGAAUAUGAGGAUCUCACGAUAAACUAAUCGGAGGUGACGAUCCUUAAAAAAUGGCUCUUCAUAGAAGGAACGGAACAUCGUUUGUAAAAGGAAGUCAUAAUGGAACCGUGGCGUAUACCAAUGGACAUCAUAAAUCGAAUGGAAGUCAUUUGACAGAUGAAACAGGACACCCCAACUCGAGCUCCAGCAAGGCUGGAAUGGAGGAUUUCUCUGAGUCUUUUGAGGAAGUUGCACUGUUGACAGCCUUCGUAACGUACAUGAGUUAUAUCAUCUUAGCUUUAGUUGGUUAUGUCCGGGAUGCCAUGAUGAAAUUGGGAAUAGACAAAGAUAGAGCCGCCCAAGAGUCUCCAAAGCUGAAGGCUUUCACCCCACUGUACCAAGACUUUGACAGUUUCUUCACUCGUCACAUGUACCGAAAGGUGCGAGACAACUGGAAUGUCCCAAUUGCCAGUCUACCCGGUGCAGAAUCACACCUCCUUGAAAGAUACAGCGAUGAUAAUAAUUGGUCAUUCAAGCUAACUGGUACUACAAGGAAAGUAAUCAACAUUGGUUCAUACAACUAUCUAGGUUUUGCCGAAAGCCAUGGUCCAAGAUCAGAUGCAGUUGAAGCUACCACACAGUACUAUGGCAAUGGAGUUUGUAGCUCUAGGCAAGAAUUGGGAACCCUUGCUGUUCAGGAAGAACUAGAGAAGCUAAUGGCAGAGUUCUUAGGUCAGGAGGAUGCUCUUACAUUUGGUAUGGGUUUUGCCACCAACACACUCAACAUUCCAAGUAUCAUGGGCAAGGGGUGCCUUAUUGUCAGUGAUAGAUUAAAUCACGCUUCCCUUGUACUAGGAGUGAGAUUAUCAGGUGCUACCGUCAAAGUCUUUGAACAUAAUAAUAUAGAGAGCUUGGAGAAGUUACUGAAGAAGGCUAUUGUUGAGGGUCAACCAAGGACGCAUAGGCCAUGGAAGAAGAUCCUUAUCAUCGUUGAAGGAAUUUACAGUAUGGAAGGUUCUAUUGUAAAGCUACCUGAGAUGAUCGCCCUGAAGAAGAAAUACAAGUGCUACCUAUACCUUGAUGAGGCCCACAGUAUCGGAGCCCUCGGCCCUACAGGUCGGGGUGUGGUGGAGUACUUUGGCUUGAACCCCAGAGAUAUCGAUAUCAUGAUGGGUACAUUCACCAAGAGCUUUGGUGCAUCGGGAGGCUAUAUCUCGGGGUCAAAGGAGUUGGUUGAUUACAUCAGGGUUCAUUCACAUGCUGCUACCUAUGCCAGCUCUACUAGUGCACCGGUAGUAGAACAGACCCUGAGUACACUCAAGACCAUCAUGGGUAUGGAUGGGACAACUGUAGGACGAGACAGAAUUGAGACGUUGAAAAGUAAUACCCGAUACUUCCGGAGGCGUUGUAGGGAGCUGGGGUUCAUUGUUUAUGGCAAUGACGACUCCCCUGUCGUACCGGUUCUUCUUUAUCUACCAGCAAAAAUUACGUGUUUUGCCAGGGAGUGUCGUAAACGAGGCCUUGCAGUGGUUGUGGUUGGUUUCCCGGCCACGCCCAUCAUCGAAGGUCGAGCAAGAAUCUGCCUUUCAGCCGCACAUACCAGAGAGAUGCUGGAUGCGGCAUUGAAGAUUAUAGAUGAAGUUGGUGAUCAACUUGGUGUGAAGUAUUCCAGACGUCCCUUACCACCACCGCCGACAGACAAGUCAAAGAUGGAGUAAAACUAUUAUCAUUUUUCUUUUUAAUUCUGUUUACCCAUGAUGCAUUAUUUCACCCACCAGAUAUGAUUAUAUGUGUGUAACCGCACUGGUCCUACUUGAGAAUUCACCGAUUUAUAUUUGAGCAAUUUUGGAAUAUAAAAAUUUUUUUUUUUUUAAAUGCUGGUAUUGUUGAAGUUUAAAAUCAUUUGUCAACAAUAAAUUUUAUAUUUGAGCUGUUUGCCAUUUGACAUUGAGUCUUUGAAUUUGGUUUUAACCUAAUAAUUUUAAUAAUUAUCUUAAUGAUAAUAACAUUAAUAAUGAUGAUUAUGACAACAAUGACUAUAGUAAU